AUCUCCCGCCCCAUCCGCUGAGCUUUUUAAACCAAGGCGGGACGACACUUCAUUCACUCGAUCAGUGUAGUUGGUGUUGAAACGUCAUUUGACUUCACAGGUCGCUGCCAACAUGGUGAGGACUAAAGCCGAUAGUGUUCCUGCAUCAUACAGAAAAGCUGUAGCAGCUGCUGCACCCCGGAAGUCUCUGGGCUCCAGUGCAGCCAACUCCUCCUACUCCAGCAGCCAGUCAUCCACUCCUGCAAAGAGCAAAUAUGCUGGUGGUAACCCAGUGUGUACCCGUCCCACGCCGGACUGGCAGAAGGGCAUCGGAGACUUCUUCGGUGGUCCCCCGAGGAAGCCCGAGAAGGAGAACCAGAAGCCCCAGGAGGUAGAGGAUGAUGAAGAGGCUGGAGGCAGCGGGAUGCCAAGCAGGAAGUCCAGACCACUGCCUGCUGACGAUGACGAUGAAUGAAUGAAGACGAUGAAUGAAUGAAUUGAAUUUGUCUGUCGUUCCUGUUUGCUGCCUCCAAAUUUGUUUCGUGGCAUUAUAAUGUACAUCUGUAUAUACAAUUUCAGCUCAAUUCACUUUGUAUAGUUCAAUAAACUUUUUUUUAAAAAUGU